GGGAGCCAAAGAGUCGCAGUUUAAUGUUUUGAGUAGCACCAGAAGAAGAAGGGUUGCAACUGUAGUUUUUCUUGGUGAAUGACACUAGAUCAAAGUUUCCAGUUCAUUUUAAAGAUUGUUUCACUGCCUGGGAACAACUUACCAUACUUCCGCGUGGAGUCGCAGCUUUUCUGAGAACUGACUCACUGGAAAAAUGCGGGACCGAACAAAAGAGUUAGGAAAUGAGGCAGUGGCUUCAGAUGAGGAAGACGAGGGUAAAGCUCUUAUGAUCAAACCUGGAACCUCUUCAGCCAAAGAGGAGAAGGAGAACGAUGCAUUCUUCAAAAAGGUUCAAGAAAUUCAUGAGGGGCUGCAUAGCCUCAAAAGGAUGGUGUCUAACCUCGAGAACAAACAGAAAGCUGUGCUGGGCGAGCCGCUGCCGGACGACAGUAUGAAGAGAGAGCUCCAGACUCUUCGAGAGGAGAUCAAAACGCUGACGGGUCAGAUUCAGAGAAAACUGAAGAGUAUUGAACCGAAAAAAGGAGAGGAGGAUGGAAAGUAUGUACCAAUAAACUCUCGGAUGCAACGGACCCAGCACGGAGUCCUGUCCAGGGAGUUUGUGGAGUUGAUGGGUCACUGUAACACCAUCCAGGCACAGUACAGAGACCGCAACGUGGAGAGAAUAAAGAGGCAACUGAAAAUCACUGGGAACAACGUGACAGAUGAAGAGCUGGAUUCGAUGCUUGAGAGUGGGCAGACGGAUGUUUUCACUCAAAAUAUCCUGAGCGAUGCUAAAGCCACGAGACAGGCUCUGAAUGAGAUCGAGACCCGGCACGACGAGAUCAUGAAGCUGGAGCAGAGCAUCAGAGAGCUGCAUGACAUGUUCCAGUACCUCGCCAUGGAGGUGGAGGCUCAGGGGGACAUGGUGAACCGGGUUGAGAGCAACAUCAAACAGUCGACAGACUUCAUAGAGAAAGCAAAGGAAAACGUGGAGAAAGCAGUCGUAUAUCAGCAGAAAGCACGCAAGAAAAAGGUCUGGAUAGCGGUCUGUUUGGCUAUCGUCAUCCUCAUCCUAGUCAUCUCAGUGGUCUCCGCCUUCGCCCCCUAACACCAGGCAGUUGUGUUCAGACUGGUUUAUCAGAAUCGCAUCAAAAGAAAGAAACGCCUUUUAUGUAAAUACUUUCAGCCCACAGGAUAUAUACGGGUGGAUUUAUUCCAUUAUCAACCCUGCUUUUUUCACCUUUCAUAUACAUCUUCCUGUAACUUUUCUUUGUUCCGGACAGCCUUUUUUUGUUUUUAAGAAGAAAUGUGCUUUUAACUCACUACAAUCUUGCCUACAUUUCAACUCAAGAGAGCUGGUCUAAUGGAAAAUACCCCCCUUCAGAUUCUGCGACACAAACACCAGGACGAUUUGUGAGGUGUUAUGUCAGUGCCUCUUCCCCUCCUGCAUAAAAAAAAGAGGAAAUGUGGUCUUGAGCAAAGCACAAUGCAGUAUUGAAACCCUGCACUGGGGCGGAUCAUACUGUACUCAGGAAACUGUGCGUUGAUUCUUGUUACGAUGUUUCUGGAUGAAUUAGGAGUAAAUAACCGUUUUAAUAGACUAAUAUAAUUGUACAUAACCUGUAAUGCUGGUGAAUGACAUUCUUGAGAUGUUUUUUUUAAGACUUGAAAGUUAUUCCAAACUGCCUACAUGUAACAAGUGUAAAUACAGAUUUUUCUUUUUAGGGUCUUAAAAAAAAAAAUAGCCCUCUUUGAUUUUGGUGUCUCAGCACUGCAUUAGGAGACCCGACGCCCGCUUUUAUUUGUCCUACUAGUAUGUAUUUAUGAUUUAAACUGUUGUGAAAACUGCUGCAACCACAUGAUUAAAACUUUUUCCAAACUGUGCCUUCACCUAAAUGUAUGUUCAUGUGAGAAUGUGAUGGGAGAGGUCAAAAGGGAUAGGUUUUAUUUUCUUUACCUUUACACAGUAGUGUUUUAAAUUGAAUGGUUUAGUCUGACAUACAAAUACUCACUUUGUUAUUCACCUGUCUGUCACACUAUGCAGUCGGUCAGUUUAUUCUGUGAGGAAAAUCCUGGAACAUUGGUUUUAUUCACAGAGACAAAUGAUGACUAGUGUGCGCCGCAAUGUUUUGUAAAGGUUGUCCAAGUGUUAAAGUUGACUUUUAAUUUAGGUUUGUUUUAAAAAUAAAUUACUGCCAUGGUAUAUUG